UUAUGAAGGCGGCCUAGGGAAGAUCAGUUCUCUUUUUUUGUAUUGGUAUGAUAGAUUAUAAAUUAUUAUUGAAAAAGAUUUGACCGGGUACUAAGCAGUUUAGUGUGAAUGACUGAAAUGAGUCCACAGAUUAACUCCCUGCUGCAGAUGUCAAAGGCUCUGCAUUGGUUUAUACCAGAUCAAAAUUUAGCUCUGUUACCUUAUCUUCUGCAGGAUGAUAAUUGCACCUGCAUGCUCUAAACUGAGGGGUUUUCAGCUGCUUCUGAUUUUUUUUCCUUUUUUUCUCUGACAAAACUGACACGGUUGCACACUUCACUGGCAAGGUCUGCUUGCUCUUGAUUUAGUCCGGCACACCUGAGCAUCUCCACAGUGCCUGCAGUUUCUCUCUAGUGUCUCUGUUGGAGCUGCAGUACCACUGCGGGCCAGGACAGCUGGUUCUUGUGGGACUGAGCCUCAUCUGCUAUUUGCUUGUACCUUAUCUUUAGGAAAUGCCCUGCCAGCUGGGACCCCCUGUUCUACACAACAAGGUUCAAUAUGUUUUUUUCAUGCAUUUUCUUUUUAAUACGUUAGGAGUAAUUUUUAAUUAUCUUUUUAUUUGCUUAGCAUGGCGCAGAUAUUAAAGACACUGAACAGCUGGUUCUGGUGGGAGAAUAUCUGGAUGCCCAUCAAUGUCACGUGGGCGCAUUUUGUAGACCGCGAUGGACUUGUCUUUCCAAAACCACACCAGUUAUAUGCCACAAUACCAUAUGCUUUUGUAUUGCUGAUUAUCCGAUUCUUCAGUGAAAGAUAUGUUGCUAUACCUCUAGCAAAAGCCUUAGGUAUAAAGAACGCAAGACGUCUGAAGCCACAGCCUAAUCCUGUUUUAGAGAGUUAUUUCCGGGAGUGCUCAAAACAUCCAUCCCAAUCAGAGAUUCAAGGCCUUGCCAAAAAGUGCAACUGUACAGUCCGUUUGGUGGAAAAGUGGUUUAGGAGACGGCGAAACCUUGAGAUCCCAACAGUGCUUCGGAAAUUCCAGGAAGCUUUCUGGCGAUUUUCAUUCUAUCUUGCAUCCUCCAUUGCUGGAUUUGUAUUUCUGUACGAUAAACCUUGGUUUUACGACAUAUGGCAGACGUGGGUUGGCUAUCCAUUUCAGACUCUGCUGCCAUCCCAGUAUUGGUACUACAUGGCUGAGAUUAGUUUUUACUGGUCCCUCUUAUUUACCCUUGGGAUUGACAACAAAAGGAAGGAUUUUCUGGCUCAUGUCAUUCAUCACUUGGCAGCCAUUGGGUUGAUGAGUGGCUCUUGGUGUGGCAAUUAUGUGCGUCUGGGAACACUGGUGAUGUUUGUGCAUGAUACUGCAGAUUUCUGGCUCGAGGCAGCCAAAAUGUUUAAUUAUGCUCACUGGGAGAAAACCUGCAAUAUACUCUUUAUCAUCUUUUCUAUUGCAUUCUUCAUCACAAGAAUCAUCCUGUUCCCCUUCUGGAUUCUUCGUGCCACAUUGUAUCAGCCUACAUACUACUCCACGACUCCUGUUAUAGCAUAUUUUUUAUUCAAUGGGCAGCUAUUGAUCCUUCAAGGCUUGCAUUUAUAUUGGGGUUAUUUAAUUUUCAAGAUUUUGAGGAGGUUCAUUUUCUUAAAGGACUUGAAGGAUGACCGGAGCGAUGAAGAGGAGGAAGAUUCUGUUACAGAUAAUGAAGAGGAGUACACAAAGAAUGGCAACAAGAAUGGCUGUGGGUCAUGCAAACAUCUCCUAAACAGCAGUCACCACUAACCCCCUCCUGCCUCACCUCCUGCAGCGAUUUCUGCUCUGUUUUCAACCCAACCUACAGGAUAGAAUUGAAGUCAAAAGGCUUAUGAGAGACUGUGGUUGAUUUAUUGUUGGCUACUGGACCUGGAAAAAAGCCCAGUUUAGAGGGGAGGGAAAAAUGGCUUAGCAUGACAAAAUGUAUUCAUGACCCACUUUCUGAAUCGUUCCAAAGUGUUUGGAAAGACGUUUGGGUGCGCUGACUGACGGUGCUCAACAAGGUCAGAGCUCAAGUGUGUCAGAUCACUUAGUGUCCCAUUGAUUCUAAUGUUUUUCAGUCUGAUAUAAGAUAUAUUUCACCAAGCAGUUUACUUCACAGAUGUUUUGUGGUAGGUAGGUAGUGUGAACUCGAUCAGGAACCAAGAAUACUCAGUGUGGGAAAAAUUUGACAGUGGUGUACAAUGACUGGCAUUUUAGUCUUGACUCUUCAGUUCAAACCUUCAUCAAAAUGGCUAUUUUUUGUGAGUUAGAUUUCAUUUCCUGCUGGCCAGUGGAAGAUAGCACAGAGGAAGUCAAACUACUCGCCUGUGAAGGGCUGGCUUCACUGCAGAAAUACAGUCUUUCUCCAAAAUAUGCUGUAUGGUAGAAAGCUCAAAUAUUGUGUUCUGAGGUUCACCUGUCAAGGACAUCACUGUUAAAAGAGCAAAACUCAGCCCCGAUUCUCCACUGGGCUCCAGAUUUCACAAAUGUCUUUCAGUCAUUUUGGCCCAGUCUCAGACGGAAGGUGCAACAGGGAGGGAAGACAGUGAACAAAAGUUGGGUCUUCUCACAGGUUUUUUUGCACUUGUCUGUCUUUAAAACUGCUGAACACCCCUGCUCCUGACACAUCUACAGCCCAGAAGAUUUCUUUUUUUAAUCUCACCCAUUCCCUUCUCGUGAGCUUGUCUCGCACAGCGGCAUUGGAUGACCAUCUUCUCGGGAGCGAGUCUGCUAAAUUCUGUUUUGUGGUUCCUGUGUGUUCGCUGCAUGCUUCUGGUCCCUGGGGGAGCGUGGGGCUGGCAAGGAAUGUCACACGGUCAGUGCUGUCUUCAUUUGAUAUCAGGAUCUGUAUUUCUAUCUCUGCUUUUUUUGAAAAUCAGGAAUCACAUCAGUUAGAGCCGGACUGGGAUGUGAGUACGUGCCUUAGGCCACUGACCGUUGUUUAUGCCAUAAGAAGUGGAGGAACAGCGGAUGUUUUACCAGCUCCUUUUAUCAAAAGUGCCUCUAUCUUAAGUUUGCACUUUUGUUCUAAUGCUAGUGCAGAGUGCAACAGCAUUUUCAGUCCUGGGGCUUUCCAAGGAGAGCCUGGGCCUUUUAAACAGGGUGGUACCAGGCUCCUUUCCAGAUGCGUUUAGCUUGCAAGGUUGUAAAUGAUUCGUGUCCUAAGUUUGAGAGGUGAGAGGCUCUCCGUGGGGUUCUACAGUAGCUGAGAUCAUCAGGUGAACUAAAUCCAGUAGUUUCCUAGAGACCAGGGGGACCACUGCUAAAACAGCCUCAGUGCAGAGCUCUGGGUUUGGAAAGGCUCUUUUCCCCUUAAGGCUGCUCAGGCAGGAACUCAGUGACCUACGGGAAGCACUAUAUGACUGACUUGUUUUCUCAAGAUUUCCUUGGCAAAGGGGGAUGUAAUUCAGUGACUGAAGCAUUUGAAAGAAUGGGAAAUGUUUGGGAUCUCAGAUAUGAAGAAAGAAGGGUUUUCUGCACAGUUACAAGAAGUUGUAGGAGUACUUUGUUACAGAUGCUGGUAGCGUGACAAUAUCUACAUAUGGUUUGUUGAACUAGGCUGUGUUUAAUUAUUUACUUAUAUUUGGGGUCAUGUAAUACCCCAAAUGUUAGUGUUUUACCACCAAGAGGAUGACACUGAGAAAGGAGUAUGGCCUACAGCUGCUGAGAGGGGUGGGAAACGUGCAGUGGCGGGACAGGACUUCUGAACCCGCGGCUGUAGUUCAGCAGUGCCGCUCGGGCCGAAUUCCCUCAGUAGUUGCUGUACAGCAGUGUGUUUCCUUACGCAGCGGUAGAGAAUACCUUAAAUACUGCAGCAUGGAUUUAUUGGAAACGUAAGUACUUAUUACAUCAACGAAAGCAAGUGGUGCGUUUGGCAGGGUCACAGUUGCUUAUCAGGAUCUGUUUAUUGCCUACAUGAAACGAUCUGGCCUUGCCUAACAAAAUGUAGAAACAGGAUGGUUUGGAGGCUUUACGCUCCCUUUCAAAGCAGCGGAGGCAACGAUGCUUUCUACAGGACAUAACGGGGCCCUGGGAGGCGGCCAGGGUAUUAUCAUUUGGUUGUGGUGCCAGAAAGCUUUCCUGCUAUGACUAGGAAAGGAAUUCAGGAAAGGAAACGACGAGGAAUGAUGUUGUCACAGGAGCAGGCCUCUGAACACCUACUGAGUCUUAAACUGGAAUUUAUAGUCUCCUUGAGGCCAAGUCUUGCCCUUCCUACUCGGACAAGUCUCCCACUGAAGCCAAUUAACUCUACUGGAGUUUUGCCUAGGAAAAAGUUUGGAUUGCAGUUUUCCAACCUAAUUACGAGAUCUGUUGUUUUAAAUUGAUGUGAAACUGGGGUCUUAAAGGAAGAGUAAAAGGAAGAUGAAUACAUUAAAACAUAAAAUAUUGAGGCAAAUUUUGGGUGAGUGCAGAAGACUAUGGAAGAAAAUAAUGUCCUAAAGGUGAAGACUAAGUAUUAAGCACAGUCAACAACCGAAUAACUACAUCACAUCGCAGUUUGGUGUGUGGAAGGAGGGAAGGCAGGCCCUUCCAGGGAGUCACUGCCAUGGCCAACCAAAGUGAUGAGACCUAAAAAUUCUGAAUGUAAACCACUAGGGACUGGCGAUAAAUACCCCCAGCAUAGAAGGAAGCGGGAACAGGUUGUCACAGUGGGACUGGAUGCAUGUCCUGUGUUAGCAUCAGAUUUGUCAUUUCUGAGGUUACAGGUGUCUCAUUUUCCACUCUUUACUGGUAGAAACAAGAAGCUGAGAUCAUGGGGAGCGCAACUUAUCCUGAAGAAAUUAAUGUCAUGCUGCUUCAAGAUUUUCAGUCUAUUCAAUGCCCUUAACGUGUCUUUUUUUUUUUAAUGUUAUCAUGAAAAGAGUCUCAAAUUGCAAGUGCAGAACAACUGCGGGUAACAUACGUGAGCACAGACGACAGACUCUAAGGCGUUAUUUUGACGAAUGCACAAAAUGGGUCCUGGUUUAACGCUCGGACACCGUGCGUCUGGCUUUGCUAUGUCGCUUUGACCAUGCCAAAAGAUCUGUGAGAUGGAAUUGUAGAAUGAAAAUGAAGUCUUAGUCCAUUAGAAUCAGCGGAAACUCUUGUGUCCCAUAUAAUUAAUCUGAAUUUUGUUCAGGUCCUCCUAUCCGUUUAUACUGUUCUGCCUGUGAGCUUGUUUACUACAUAGACUUACCAGUCUACUCUGGGUUUGAUUUACAGAUCCUCUUUAUUCCACAGAACUCAUUUUGUCAGUGUGUAUCAUUCAGUAUAAUUAUCCUUUUUGGUUCUUAAUGCCGCUGAAUUUGUCUGGUCAGUUAGGCUGCACACUAUAAAUAAAUAUUUUUUAAA